ACCGGACGGCUGUCUGUAGAAAGUGCAGGGAAACGUGCCACACAGUGACACACACACAACCAUGCAGGCUGCACGACCCGGACCAGUAGCAGCCGUGAUGUAAAGAUGGAUUAGAAAAUGAUGUGCCUCAUCAACAUGUUUCCGGGAGUUUUCUAUGCACUGCUGGCGGGUUUCCUCGGGGCCGUGGCGUCGUCGUCGGCCAAGCUGUCCCUCGGAGCCGACUAUCUGAAGGGAGUCUGUGAAACCGGACUCCGGACGUGGGGAGAGCAGCGAAAAUUUAGACAAGCGGACGAAACUACAGCCUGUGACCGGCUCCACAUCCCUUUGAGGUUGCUGUGCGGCGGGCUGCUUUUCACCUGCAAUGCUGUGAUGUGGACCUUUCUUGCCAAAGCACUCAGGUAUUCCUCCUCCUCCACCCGAACCACUGUGACCACGACCGCCUCCAACUUCAUAUCUUCCGCUUUCCUGGGCCAGCUGAUCUUUGGUGAAGCACAGAUAACACUGUGGUGGGUUGGGAUCUCUCUGACCUUCUCUGGUCUGUUGGUACUGCAGAGGGUUUCACCACAGGAACAGAAUGCGGUUGCCGAGAAGGACGAAUAAUAUGUGGUGUGUUUUGGUCGGCUUCUCCUCUGAUUUGAACUACUCUAACCAAAGAAAAGUGAAAUUUUAGUUUGUGUGUAUUUAUAUUAAGAAUGCACUACGGUGAGAGAACAGUAAUCUCCAUUGUUUCUGUCAAGCCUCCCUGAAACACUUGCUUUAAUAAACAAAUUGAUUCCUGAUUAACUAAAUGCCACUCAAAAUGUGUCCUUCCUGAUGAAGAGGAAAUGUUUUAUUUGAAAUCGGUGACUAUGCUUCCAGUUGCAGUUUGUGGCCAUGUAACGCUACUGGGUAAAAUCAGAGGAGAUGUUGGCUUUCAGCCAGUCUGGCCAUGGUGCAGCUACAGUCAGGCUGGCUGGAAAAUCCACACACCUUGGCAAACUAAUGGAUGCGUGCACGCAGCUUCUGAGAAGCUCUAAAAUCAUCUUUGUCCACAGACUUAUAAUGGAGCAAAAAAUUUACUAGCUUUACGUUCCUUUUGGGGAAUCUUUCAGUCAACAACAGCCCAACAGAACAGAUGUGAAGGAAGAGAAUAAUUUGAUAUUUUGGGAAAUACACUUGCUUUCCUGCCAAGAGUUAGAUGGGACGAUUGAUACCACUCUCAUGUUUGUAUGUUAAAUAUGAAGCAAAUGCCAGCGGCUGGUUAGCUUAGCUUAGCAUAUUGAGUGGAGUAGUGACACAGCUAGCCUGGCUCUGUCUGAAGGUAACAAAAUCUGCCUACCAGCCCAUCUAAAGCUCAAUAAUUAACAUGUUAAAUUUCAUUUGUUUACACUUAGGUGUUUGUACUGAUUAUUAAAUAAACAAGAGGCAGAUUUUGAUACCUAAGGACAAAGCCAGGCUAGCUGUUACCCCUUGUUUGCAGUCUUUAUGUUAAGCUUAUCUCGCUGUAGCUUCAUUUUUAACAAACACACAAAAAUGUUAUCAAUCUUCUCAUCUAACUCUCAGCAAGAAGGGAAACAAGUGUAUUUCUUAAAAGUGACAGAUGAAAAUCUGUGUGCAUAGUGACAGACUGAUCUGAAGGGAAUUUUUCUGGAUAUGUUCAUGAGCAAAUGACAAACAGCAUUAUUGGCUAUGUGCAUGAUGCCAUCAUUAACCAGCCUAUGCAUUAUGUAAUGCAGCUAUCACAUCACCAAAGCUUUAUUAAUUCUCACAUUUCCUUAAUUCUCACAUUUCCUUAAGUUACCGCGACACUCACUGUAAACGUACACUGACAUUGCAUUUUUUGCAUGCUCAAGGAGAUGUUAUAAGUGACUUUUUUUAGUUUAGUUUUAACAAGGUGUACACAUAUUUUCACAAGUAAUAAUAUUACUGUAGCGCUGAAAGGCUCAUCCCUGGUAAUGUUUUGCUCCAUUUCUCUUAACCUCAAGAUAUGAGCAUGACACAUGUUUUCAGAAGCAGCUGGUCUUCUAUUUCAUGAUAGAUGAGAUGAGUUCCUACGAAGGCCUGAACUCAAAUAGCAUCCUGGAGCGUCAGUCCACAUCAGAGUGACAUCAUUUUGAACUGCUUCAUUUCAUUAAACUCAGAAUCUAAGAGACAUCACAUGGCCUUUUGAUUGCCCUGCGUCUGCAAUUUCAUAUUAUUCGGUUUCAUCAUGAAUAUCACUCCAUCCGCCAUCGGUCUCUCUAGAAUUCAUAGACACCUGGCUCCAUUAAAAGCUUUCCUCUACAUCUGUGGAGUUGUCACUCACAGUGCAAUAACAUUAUACUUCCUUUAAAUCUCAUAACACUGUGAUGUGUGUAACAGUGAGGGAGUUUGAGCAUGGCAAUAUUAGAGGGGCGUUUCUGUUAGCAGUGUACUUUAGUAUACAGGGAUUUGCCUGAACAUGAGAUCAAAGGUUGCUUUAUGGAACAGCAUUUUAAGAUUACACUUUGCUAUUGUUCAGAUACAUAUCAUAAUAUAAAUGCAUAACGGUAGCUAUAAUACCUGACUGUAAUAUUCCACAGCAGCAAUGCACAAAUAUAUCUGAUGUCCUUCCAACCGCUGCUGUGCAGGUUUUGUAUCACGUGGAUUAAAUGCAUCCCUAUUAAUGUGACUGCAGUGACAAUGUGAUUAUACAACUCUUAUAUUAAAGGCCGGCUGAGUGAUGUUUCAUAGCAGGGCUGUACUCACCACGAAGGAUUUCUAAGCAGUGGAGAUCACUCACAGCGACGCAGAAGUGAAUUCAGUUGUUUGUGCCUCCACGUUUUGGGAUCCUGGGUGUGUUCUGAUUCCUUAAAAAUAAUAAACAUUCUGGGAUAUUCUGCUUAUUCACUUUUUUUUGCCAAGAUUUAGAUGAGAAGAUUGAUUAUUACUCUCAUAUAUGCCCUAUUAAUGCGAAACUAAAAGCCAGAAGCAUGUUAGCUUAGCAUAACGACUAGAAACGGGGAAACUGCUAGCUUGGCUCUGCCCAAAGGUAGCAAAAUUCGCCUACCACCACCUCUACAGAUCACGAAUUAAUAUGUUAUUUCUCAUUUGUUUAGUCUCUACAAAGACAACAGUUUGUGGUUUUACAGAGGGUAAUGUGUCGGAGUAUUUCUUGGCGAGAAGCAGCGACUUCCUGGAGUCUUGUCAUCACUGUGAGGUGGCCAGGCAACUAGCUGAUUAACGACCAUGUUAAUUAGUGAGCUUCCGUGGUGCUGACAGAGUCAAGCCAGCAUUUUUCCAGUCUUUAUUCUAAGCUAAGCUAACAGGCCCCUGGGUCUAGCUUUAUAUUCACCAAACAGAUAUAAGAGAAACAUCAAGUUUGUGUUUUAUUGGGGUUACUGUUCUUGGCUGGGAGCAAAGCAACCAGUGGAGACUGGCAAAAAAAUAGUCCGGUACAUAACUCCUUGUAAAACCACAACUUGACUUUUUUUUUUAGCAUUACUUGACUUUUGGUAAGGAUUACAGAUGUGAUAUGCUAAUGACAUAUAAUGUGUUAAUUAUAGAGCUUUAGAGGUGAUGGUAGACAGAUUAUGUUACAUUCAGACAGAGCCAGGCUAACGUUAGCUGUUUCCCCUUUUUCAGUCUUUAUGCUAAGCUAAGCUAACUGGCUGCGGCUUUAUAUUUAACAUACAGAGACGAGAAUGGUGUCAUUCUUUUCAUCUGACUCUCAGCUAGAAAGUGAAUUUUUCCCAAAACGUUGAACUAUAUUUUUAUUCUACCUUUAAUAACAGUAGAGUUCUUGGUGCCUGGCUUUUCUGCAGUUAACGGCAUGAUGUGAAGGUAAACCAUCUACCUGUGAACCCACUCUCACUGUAAUAUAACCAGGCAGAGCUUUGCAGUAGCCACAUUUAUAUCUUGACAGCGGCAUGGCCCUGAGUGUGAUGUAUUUAUAUCCGUGUGCACAUAAACUGUAGAUGUGGUUGAGAAAUUACAAAACCACUGAAAUAUGUUCUUGACCGGUCAAGGUGUGCCUCACAUUGAUGAGUUAAUGUGGCGCUGCAAGAAAACAGCAGUACACUUAUUUGGAUUUAUUGUGAGUUUUGACCUUUCUCUUAGUAGUAUAAUGUAAAAGUUUACUGAUUUUACCUUAGUUUGUAGGUAACGUUACUCUUAAAGUAUGCGCAAAUCAGUCAUCACCGACAAAUGCAACAUUAUGUUCCAUUUUGUAACACAAAUCUGCUCUGAUAUACACUGUUCAUAAAGUGUCUUACAGAUUAUGUGAAAACAAACAUUUGUGAAAGUGUAAAUAUAUUCUGUUAAUAGGAACCACCGAGAGAAGUAACACUGUUGGAAUUAUUAAAUAAACAUCUCAUCUGACAAACAAGA